AUGUCUGCAUCCUGGCCUCCCUCGGGUGCAAACGAAUUUGGUAUCGCAACCUUGUCCCUCGGUAACUGGAGAGAGCAUCGACUCGCACCUCGACUGGAGGCAGCAGCCAAAGAUGGUUACCAGUGGAUUGAUUUAUUUGAUGAGUGUUGGGCCGCAUACCUUGAGGAGCAUGGCCUGCCAGGAGACCAGCUAUGGGAGGCCACUGUUGAGAAUCUGAAAGUGGCCCGCAAGCUAGGCGACCUGGUAAAGUCUCUUGGGAUGCGCAUCGCCUGCACGCAACCCCUCCGGACGAUAGAGGGGAUCAAAGAUCCGGUCGAGCGCCGUGCCACUCUGGACCUUGUCGCAAAGCGCUUCCCUUUUAUGCGUGCUUUUGAUACCGACCUUGUGUUCAUGUGCGCCAAUAUUCGUACUGAUAGCGGCGUUACAUCGGACCUUAAGAGUGUUGCACGCGAUCUGGCAGAACUUGGUGAUAUGGCGGCAGCAUACGCAAAGGUCGAUGGUGGACCUAUGCUGAAAAUUGGAUAUGAAGGAUUGUCAUGGGCAACAAGAAACACUUGGUCGGCAUCAUGGGAGGCGGUGCGAUUCGCAAACCGUGCCAAUGUCGGUUUGAUUAUCGAUGCAUUCAACGUUCUGGCUGUCGAGUUCGCAGAUCCUUACAACCCUGAAGGACACGGUCGUAUAUAUUCUACUCUAGAAGAGUCCAUUCAAAUUCUCACCGACUCGAUGGCAUCUUUGGCUACCACUGUCCCCGGGGACCGAAUCUUCUUCUUCCAAUGCGGAGACGCAGAAUUGGUGAACCCAGCGACAUUUUUGCCGCCAUCCGACCCAAACACCCCUGCUCUUCUUCCAUGGUCGAGAAGCCAUCGCCUUUACCCUUUAGAACAAUCGCACGGUGCCUAUAUGCCGGUGGAACUGGUCGGAGCUGCAGUAAUGGCAACAGGCUAUCAGGGACCAGUAUCGCUCGAGGUUUUCAAUGCGUCCUUAAACAAGCCCGGAGAUGAUGUUCCAACAGUUCACUCCGCCAGAGGAAUGAAGGGAUUACAGAAGCUUACCGAGACCGCACAGGGUCUACCUCCUUUUUGGCAAAGCAAAGCCGAUGCUCAAAAAGCCAUGGCUAAAGUCAUCGAACGCCUACGGAGUCAAAAGGGAUGCUCGGGCAAACUGUGA